AUGGGCCAAAGGGCCUUAACGGGCACGGGCAAGCGGGCAUUGCGAGCGUUGCAGGCGCAGCCGCAACGGGCGCAGCCCAGCAGAGCGCUGCGGGGCGCCGGUGGCCACGGCGCCGGCCAGGCGGCCGGAGCGCCGGCCGACGAGCAGCUGCGGAGGGGCAGAGCGGUUGGGGGCGGCAUGCUCGGCAGCGGCCGGGGCGACGCGUGCGCGCGCGGUGAGGCGGAGGUCGCAGCAGAGCGGGACGAGGGGAGCAGGGGGCCCCGGGGCAGCAGCGGGCGACGGCAAGAGGCUCAGUGGGCUGCGAGGGGCGCCGAGGUCGUGGCGCACUGCAGCAGCGUGAAGGGCCAGAGCAUGCACGGCGCCGCGGCGAGCGCCGGUGAGAGAGGCGAGGCCGUGCGGGCGGGGUGGCUGGCGGAAGUAGCAGAAGGGGGAGCGGGUCGCGCGUGGCCAUCGCAGGCGGCGUGUGCGGUGACCGUUGGGGAGGAGCAGCACGGUGUGGCCGUGCGGGGCGGACGGCGUGAGUGCGGUCAUCAUGAUGAAGUCAUCAGCCUUUCUUCCUGA